AUGUAUCUGAUACCUUUCCUCGAAUUGGAGUUUGGAAGCAAAAAUAUGAUUAGGGAUUUUUCUGAUCUUGAUAUAAAAUCUCCGUCUGUUUAUGGUAUGAGGCCUCUUCUUGAUUUUGAGAAGACAUGCUAUCACAAGGAAUUAGUUAUUAAGGUUUUGAAGGAGUUUGCUGAUUAUGAAAGUUCUUCUGAUCCUCAUAUUGCUUCUCCUGAGAUGGCUGCUGAAUCAGGAAAUGUAAAUGGUUUUCAUCAACCUCAUGAUUCUCAGGUUAAUGUUGAGAAAGUUGAAAGAGCUUCUUCUUUGGCUAAGGAUCUCGUUGCUACUCCAGUUGGUACUCAAUUUAGAGGUCAGGGUGUCAUGGGUGUUGUUCCGGGUUCAUCUUCCAAGUGUGUUCCUUCAUCUUCUAAGAAGCAAGUUACAUUUGGUUUAGCUGUUCCUCCGAAUGAUCUUUCUCAGCCAUAUGAUCUUUUUCAUAAAAGUGUUUGUCGAGGUCAUCUUGUUGGGAAAUCUUCUUCUCAGUCUGUGCCUGCACAUGUUGUUGAUGAUGUAAUUCCUGUUGCUAAAGAUCAUGAUUCUAAUGUUUUAGCUGGUGGAUUUAAUUCUCCAGAUCAUUUUACUGCAAUUGAAAUCACUCGAUUCUGGUUUGGAGGUAGAAUCGAGUGA